UGCGUCAAAAAGUGCGCUCACUUCCGGCCAGGGAGCGCGCGGGUUGAUUCGUCCCCUCUCGGCCGCGGGUGCUCGCAGCUCGGAAAUGGCGGGAUUUGGUGCUAUGGAGAAAUUUUUGGUUGAAUACAAGAGUGCGGUUGAGAAGAAACUGGCAGAGUACAAAUGUAAUACCAACACAGCAAUUGAACUAAAAUUAGUUCGUUUUCCUGAAGAUCUUGAGAAUGACAUUAGAACUUUCUUUCCUGAAUAUACCCAUCAGCUCUUUGGGGAUGAUGAAACUGCUUUUGGUUACAAAGGUCUGAAGAUCCUUUUAUAUUACAUUGCUGGUAGCCUGUCAACAAUGUUCCGUGUUGAAUAUGCAUCUAAAGUUGAUGAGAACUUUGACUGCGUAGAGGCAGAUGAUGUCGAGGGCAAAAUUAGACAAAUCAUCCCGCCUGGAUUUUGCACAAACACAAGUGAUUUUCUUUCAUUGCUGGAAAAAGAAGUUGAUUUCAAGCCAUUUGGAACCUUACUCCAUACAUACUCUGUUCUCAGUCCAACAGGAGGAGAAAACUUCACCUUUCAAAUAUAUAAGGCUGACAUGACAUGUAGAGGCUUUCGAGAAUAUCAUGAAAGGCUUCAGACCUUUUUGAUGUGGUUUAUUGAAACUGCUAGCUUUAUUGACGUGGAUGAUGAAAGAUGGCACUACUUUCUAGUAUUUGAGAAGUAUAAUAAGGAUGGAGCUACACUCUUUGCGACCGUAGGCUACAUGACAGUCUAUAAUUACUAUGUGUACCCAGACAAAACCCGGCCACGUGUAAGUCAGAUGCUGAUAUUGACUCCAUUUCAAGGUCAAGGCCAUGGUGCUCAACUUCUUGAAACAGUUCAUAGAUACUACAUUGCAUCUCCUUCUGUUCUUGAUAUUACAGAGGCACUGGGGGUUGAACCCAGGACCUUGUGCAUGCGAGGCACAUGCUCUACCUCUGAGCUUUACCCGCUGUCCCCCAUUAACAGUAGUUUGAAAGCGGAAGAUCCAUCCAAAAGCUACGUGAAAUUAAGAGACUUUGUGCUCGUGAAGCUUUGUCAAGAUUUGCCCUGUUUUUCCCGGGAAAAGUUAAUGCAAGGAUUCAGUGAAGAUAUGGCAAUAGAGGCUCAACAGAAGUUCAAAAUAAAUAAGCAACAUGCUAGACGGGUUUAUGAAAUUCUUCGACUACUGGUAACUGAUAUGAGUGAUGCUGAACAAUACAGAAGCUAUAGACUGGAUAUUAAAAGAAGACUAAUUAGCCCAUAUAAGAAAAAACAGAGAGAUCUUGCUAAAAUGAGGAAAUGUCUUAGACCAGAAGAGCUGACAAACCAGAUGAACCAAAUAGAGAUAAGCAUGCAACAUGAACAGCUGGAAGAAAGCUUUCAGGAACUUGUGGAAGAUUAUCGACGUGUUAUUGAACGCCUCGCUCAAGAGUAAAGAUUACACGUCUCUGUACAGGAAGUUUCUGAAUUUCUGUACAUGUGUUGUGAAAAAUCAGAUGCUUUUAAUUUUAAAAUCUUGUAACAUUUUACUUACAUUAAAAGUUAUCUAUCUUUAGUUGAAUAUUUUCUUUUGGAGAGAUUGUAUAUUUUAAAAUACUGUUUAGAGUCUAUGAGCAUAUAUUACAUUUAAAAAAAGAUACAGCUUCUGAAAUACCACUGCAAUUGCUUCCCUUCUUAAACAGUAUAAUAAAUGCUUAGUUGUGAUAUGUUA